AUGGUUGAAGGGCAUGCCAAUAAAGAUCAGCUUCUUCUUGCGGAGACUAGCUUCUUCUUGUGGAGACUGUGGAAAGAGAGAAUUGCUACUGAUGAUAAUCUUAAGAGGAUGCAUAUCAGUCUUGUAUCAAGAUGCUGGUGUUGUGAGGAUCAUAGGCAAGAGACCAUGUCUCAUUUAUUUCUAACAUCUCCAACAGCUUUUAAGCUUUGGAAACAGUUUGCUUCUUGUGCAGGUUUAAACAUAGAAGGGCAGCACCUGCAGCAAGUCAUUACACUUUGGUGGACAGCUCCUGCAUCACACAAGUUGCAUACCAUCUUUCAAGCCAUUCCUGCAAUCAUACUAUGGGAAAUAUGGAAAAGGAGAAAUUCUAUUAAGCAUGGCAGAAAUACUACAUACAGCAGAAUGGUGUAUCAAGUUCAGCAGACCAUAUACUAG